AGCGUCAGUCGCGUCGCGUACUUUGAGCGUCUAGGUGCUUUGUCGUUCGUUCUUCUGCGCUCUGUUAUCGCGUUGUUCAUCCCUGCGAUUCGGCUUCUCCCUCUUUGUCGCACAUUGAGCCUCGUGUCUCGAUUGAUGCUUAAUGGCUACUGCCUCGUAUCUCGUGUCUCCCACUUGAUCAACGUUCUUAGCAGACACAGCUUUGCGAGGAACGUAAAGUUGCUAUACAUGUGCCUUAUACUGUUUGACCCAUUUGAAGCUGUAAGAUUUAGUGAAACGCAGUGUUGAUACAGUGAGCUCGCAGUGAAACUCGUGUUUUCAAGGAAGUGCGUCUCUCUUGCAGCGACGAUGAGAACGAAACGCCAAGAAGAUUCAGCCUACGUAGCUGGAUAAGCAAACGACUCGCACGUUGAAAAGUCUAUCAAACUUUUCUGAACACCGUGUGUAUAUCGUAUGUGCAUCAGAUACACGAAUUAUAUCGAAUGCCUUACGAAAAAGACUAGUGAUAAUUAUGAGACUGGCGAUCCUGGGGAGAGCAACCUAAGUUGACAUUGCGAAUCGGAAUACUACGGGGGUACGAGGGUAACAACGGCGAGGAAAACUCGAGGAGUGGUGCAUCGAUUGAGUGAGCGGCGAUGAGGGAGUUCGGCGUCGUCCGAAGCAUCGGCAUUGCGAGCACAAUUUGAUAUUCGGCGAAUCGAGCUUCGUUCGCUCGAAUCGGCGUCUCGGCUGCCUUCGCUUCUCCUCCAUCUUCCUCGUCUCUUUCCCCGUCCCCUUUCCCUCCCUCUUCCUUGUCCUCCUCCCCCUCCUGCCCUUCUCCAACUCCUCGCUCUCAUCCUCAUCCUCGUCGCCGUCCUCAUCCUCGUCCACGUCCACUCCCCUGUCCCUCCAGGACGCCACUUUAUUCUCAAGUGCUUCGUAAGAUGCAGUCGAACACGAUACUUCGUGACGUCGCUAAUACCGAGAAGCUAAUGGGCAACAACAAUAAUAACCUUAACAACAAUGGAUCACCAGGAGCGGACAUAAUGUUCCAGAUGGAAGACGAGGGCCUAACGCAGCUAGGCAGCGUGUUUCAGUCAGCGUAUCAGUCGAUUGUCGGCGGAGGAGCACAGUACGGCUCGGAUGAGUUUGGUCAGGAUUCUCCAAGGUACACCUCGCCGAAGGCCGCCGCCCUCUACGCAGAUCCCUACUAUAUCGAUGGAAGCGCAACGGCAGCGACGGGUCCGGGGGACCCUUGGACGGCCGGAGGAGGCGGAGUUCAGCCACCGUACAGUGGAUACGCACCACCUCAUCUGGCGCAGCCUGCCUACCCAAUGCACCUACCCCACGAUCCCAUGGCGUAUUCGGCCAUGUCGCCGAACGGAGAACCCGCAGCGCCGAUCCUCGGCUCCGCGGUUACGAGCGCGGCGUCUCUACCCCCGAUGUCAACGUUCCGAGGAAGCGCGGGCGUCGCGGCGGCAGCCGCGGCCGCUGCCGCCACCAGUGCGACCGGGGCGCCCUCUCCAGCCUCUCUGCAGUAUAGUCACAGUCCUGGAGCCCCGUCACAGCCAGCACCUUCUGGUCCCAAUGCCCCGAGCAACAAUCAAGCUCAGCAGCCGACGUCGGACACUCUCGGCAAGACCCUCGCAUCAGUAGUAAGCAGUCGAAUCUAUCCCACGGACCAAUCGGUAUCGAGUUAUAGCAGUAACCCAUCGACGCCGGUGAGUUCACCACCACCCCUGACGGGGUCGGCUCCGGGCGGCUGGGCUCCCGGAGCAGCACCUGUCUCCCCACACUUUACCGCCGAUCCCAAUCGCCCUGGAACCAUACACAUGCCGGCGCCUGAACAGCAGAGGCUAGACGAUGCAAUCGGCUUCCUUCGCGACCACGCCGAGUUGGUACAGGGAACGCGGAUGGAGGAACGACUGGACGAUGCCAUAAACGUCUUAAGGAAUCACGCGGAGAGCCAACUCGGGCUUCACCUUGGUCCUGUUGGCCCUCACGGCUCCCUCUACUCUCACACCUCACCUCCACAGCUCGACCAUCUGACGAGUCCUCAUCCUGCUACGGUGACCGUGACGCAACCACAAGGUUCGUAUCCCGGAUUGGCAGCCACACCAGACACGGACGGCUCGAUCAAGAUAGAGAGGCUACCCGUCACGAAUGCCAAAUACAUCUCUUUAGAAAAGAGGAAAGAUCCACCAGACAGCAGUGCUGGUGGAGGCGGCGGUGGCGGCGGUGGCGGCGGAGCUGCUGGCACUGGAGUCGGCGUUGGCGUUGGGGUGAACGUGGGUGUCGGCGUCAACGUCGGGGCUGCUGGCACUGGAGUCGGCGAAACGAAACCCUCGAGCAGCGAAUUAACAGCGGCGGGUGUAAUGGGAGCGGGGACGGUCAACUCGACGUCACAAGGAAAGGGUACGAAGAGAUCACGGAGAUAUUGUUCGAGCGCUGACGAAGACUGCGAUGACCCAGGCACCAAAGCGGUGCGCGAAAAAGAACGCCGUCAAGCCAACAACGUUCGCGAAAGGAUACGUAUAAGGGACAUCAACGAGGCCUUGAAGGAACUCGGAAGGAUGUGCAUGACGCACCUGAAGACCGACAAGCCACAGACGAAGCUCGGCAUUCUGAAUAUGGCCGUCGAGGUGAUAAUGACCCUAGAGCAGCAGGUCAGAGAGCGAAAUCUUAAUCCAAAGGCAGCGUGCUUAAAGAGGAGAGAAGAAGAGAAGGCUGAGGAUGGACCAAAGUUACCGGGCCACCUGGCAGCUCACAUAGCCCAUCCUCAUCCGCACCCUCACGCACACUCGCAACCACCCUUCACCGCGAUGCCCGGCCCACCGCCAUCGCUUCAGCACAAUCCGUCGCAACCUCAGUAGCAGCGGCUAAGCAGCGGCAUCGUCCUGUGUUAAACUCGUGUGCGUCAGGUCCAGAAAGCCUGUACAAACUUUCGAUAAGGCUAGGCACCUAACGACCAAGCCUUAAUACUAAUAAAGAAGAAACUAUAACAUUAUAUAUGUAUAUGAAAGCAAAAGUAUAUAUAUAUAUUAUAUAUAUACAUAUAGUAAUAAAUACAUAAUCGAGGGCCGUGUCCCAGAGAAGCCAACGUGGCCAAAAUUAUUGUACAUUGCGAUUUGCGUUGCUCAUGCGCUAAGAGGAACACGAAGAGAAAACUCGAAGUCGACAAACGUUUAUUGGGAGCCGGCUUUUCCACUUAUCACUAAAAGUUUUCCGUUCUCUCUCUCUGAAUGCGAAAAUCGCGAGAGACGGCAUAUCGAUGAGCGAGUUUCAGUUUCUGCGGCACUUAAACUCAUUGCAUGAGAUGUGCGUGCGUGCGUGCGUGCGUGCGAGCGAGCGUGUGUACAUGUGAGAGAUAGAGGUGGAGGAAGAGGGAAUCAGAGAGUAAGGGAUCGCGUGGACUAUAAAAGGUUGGCACGAAUGUUUUCCCGUUAACUUGUUUUUUCAUUGGCCAUACACCGUGGGAAAACCAAGCCACCAUCUAUGACAAUAAUUAAGCAUUAUUCAUUAGUAAAUGGAAUUCCCAAUAGAAUUUUUUCCUUUCUCGGACAUAUCAUAGGCACUGAUGACGGUCGUUCUCGAGAACGGGCAGAAAAACCAUGAGGACUCAUUAAUUUCCUCGGAAUAUUCUGUAGUCCCUCUUCCGUCUUACUAUUCCUCGCUUCUUGCUCACUCUCUCGUUCUCUAGCUCUCAUUCUCUCUAUCGGUUUGAACUGAUGAACAGGUAACUAGAGAGAAUGAAAUGCAGAGAGAGAGAGAGAGAGAGAGAGAGAAAGAGAGAAUAUACUGAAAUUGGCGAUGCCCAAGCGCGACUACAUUGGAACUGUAGGAUGUGCCAGGGUUGUUAGCCGUUUAUUAAAAUAACAUCUCUAAAUAGGAGUUCUCCCUUAUCUCUUAGAAAAGAUACAAUGACGAAUGGACGUCACUGCGAUAACUCCUAUAAUGACUACGAUAAACUCGAUCAAUGGAAUAAACCGAUGGGUACGCUAAUGACGAAGACGAGACGGACGCAUAGUUUGUUAAAGAAAUGCGUAUUAUAGUCCAGGUAGACAAGUAAUAAUGUAAUAUUACUAAUAUAAAUACGGCGGCUUAAAAUUAUUUUUAUAAAUAGCGCGAGACAAAAGAUAUGGUUCCUCUUUCGAGAUGUAAAAUGAUACGAUCGAUUUUACUACACGUUAUUAUCCUCUAUUGCGUAUAUGUAUACAUGUAUCUAGUAUCUACACGGUCAUUUAGCUGUGACGCACCAACUGCAGUUGGCCCGUCGAUCUGAUGCCUACGGUAAAGCCAGCUUCAGGUUGUGCGCUUCAGCUGAGUUACCACCAUAUGUAAUGCGAUUCGUUACGUUUAAGGGACUAACUAGAAGAGUCACUCUACGCCCGACACACAAAAAUACCGAUUCUUGUAUAUAGAUAGUGACCCACCGAGAGGAGCUCACGAGCACUUUGAAAUAAUCCCCGUUAAUCGUUUAUUGUUUAUCAUUAGCUCCGAGGGCGGAAAGACCCUGAUGAAAUUAUCUAAAAUUUCUCGACUGGCUUCAAUUUGCAUCAUCUUUGACAUCAAUAUAUUCCACACGUUCCCCAAGCAUGCGCGCGCUGACUCGCCGAGAAACCAGCUAGAGUCUCUUAGGAGUCUGCGUCCUGGGGGACGAAUUUCCGUAAGAGGAAUUUUGAGCCGCUGCUGUUGUCGAGGAUGAUGAGGCGUGAGAGAGAGCGUGAGUGCGAGACGAGGCAAAUUUGAAAACGCGAAGCACGGCGCAGGACGGCGAAGGAAAGUGGAAAGUCGAUUCAUGCGAUAAAUUUUAAUGGAAAUCGUGUGGUUCCUUAUUACUAGUCGCGCUCCCGUCGGGAUUCAUUGGGAUUCGUCAGGUCUCUCGCGCCUUCGUAGCCAUGUUGUUUGCAGCCCUUCCGAGUGCGUAGUGCAAAUUCUCAUCCGUAGGCGUGUGCAGCCUGACAGAGAUAGAACAGAGAGAGAGAGAGACCUGCGCGUGUCGAGCAGAGUCAAAAGAGAGGGAUUAGGAGAAGCUCGAGGACUUGGAGACAUCCGCCUAUUUCAUUCCGGAGGCGCGUGUCUUAUCCAUCUUCAGCGUGUUUUGCCCGCUUCGCGAGAAUCUAAUGGCACGCGAUGCCACCCACGAAGACAUUCGAAACGUAUCUCGCGCAUAAUUGUACAUAUGCAGCAAUUAAGUAUGUCUAUUCGACUACCUUAUUGCGACUAGUUAGGCUGCUCUUCGCUCAGUCGAAACACGUAAAGAUAUGGAAGACGUACACGGCGGCGGGAUCGUCGGCUCAGAAAUGAGCGAAGCACUGGUUCACUCAUGCUUCUUUGUUUCGUUAAUAUUUUAGUCAAUUCUUAGCACGCAGCAACAUAAAUGGAAACCGGUAGAACUCGAGCUGCUUAAACCUAAGGAUAUUUUCUAUCUGAAGAAUUGUAUACUCCAUUAAAGAUAAACGUAAUGUUGACUGGUCCUCGUAGCGACGUAGCAGAUUGGACUACUUAAUUCUUUUAGAAUGUUAUUCUUGAGAUGAAGAGAACCUUGAAACAUAAAAUUAAAUCGGCUUCCUUUCGCUAACAUUCAAGGAAUGGGCCGAUCGUCAAUAUUUUGAGAGAUUAAUGAAAAGAAUAAUAAGAGUAACGUGAUGCUGCGAAAGACGUUUCCGCUUUUGAAGUCAUCAGAUUGUUGCGUACGUGUAAACUAUUUCCAUGCGUUAAAACUGACUGAACAGCAGCUUUAAUUAUUAUCACUACUAUUAUAAAGCUGAAUACUAUGAUUAUUAAAAUCAUCGUCAUCUUCGCCGUCGUCAUCAUUACCGCCAUCGCCAAUAUCAUCGUUUAUUAUUAUUAUUAUUAUUAUUAUUAUUAUUAUUAUUAUUAUUAUUAUUAUUACUACUAUUACUAUUAUUAUUGUCGACAUUAUCAUUUUUAUUAUAUCGUCAUCAUUAUUAAUUAUUAUUAUUGUCCUUAUUAUUAAUUAUCAUUAGCAGUCAAUCGAUCAUUAUAUCGAGAAGAAAAUCUUUCCCGAAAAGGACAUUUUUGUUUCUGAACAAAAAUAAAGCUCAACGACGUGUACCCAGUUGCCAUGUAUUUUAAUUUAUUUAGAUUCUUAAAUAAAUUUUAUUGAAAAGAU